AUGAAAUCCGCACUCUAUUUCCUCAUCCUGCUGCAGCAGCUUGCUAUGCAGUUAGCAGUGGCCAACCCAGCUGCACACGCAGAGCCUGACUCUCCCUCUCUGGAAGAGAGACAGGUGACCUCUCUGCUUGCAACCAGCUUGCCUGGACCGACUACCGCCGCUGGGACGACGGCCCCUGCCUCCACCCGUACGUCCACCUCGCCUGGCACGACUCGCACCGCCAGUGUGGCUACCUCUUUCCGUACUUCCAGCUCGCCUGGUACGACUAGAACUUCUUCUGGGGCCUCCAGCACAUCUGGAAAGGCAUCCACUACAUCUGGCACGGCGUCCACUACAUCUGGCACGGCGGCCACUACAUCUGGCACGGCGUCCACUACAUCUGGAUCUGGCAAAACCAGCAUUUCUUCUGGGACCUCCAACAAACCUUCCCCAACUAGCAAGCCUACCGCUAUCCCUGCAGUCUCCCCUGGCCCAGCGACCACUCUUGUUGUGAAUGUUAUCGUCAUCGCCAACUCUGGCGGCAGUGGAAAGGAUGCAGCCGCCGCAGCUGCGAGAGCCGCAGCCUCUGGAGGACGGAAUGCCAAAGCUGCUGCCGUUGCCGCCGCUGCCGCUGCCGCUGGUGGAGGUAGUGCACAGGAUGUCUCUGUGGUUGCCGCCGGCGCCGCUGCCGCCGCCUCUGGUGGUAACGGAGGGGCCGUCGCUGAUGCUAUUGCUGCUGCCGACGACGCCACUGGCGGAGGGAGUGAUGCUGCUGCCGCUGCUGCCGCUGUUGCCUCCGCUGGUGCGAGUGGAUGGAACGUUGCCGCCGUUGCUGCCGGGGCCGCCGCGGCGGCCUCAGGUGCUAGCGGAGCGGACACCGCCUCCGCCAUUACUUCUGCCGCCGUCACUUCCUGCGGAGGGGGUGUCGCCGCCGCCGCCGGCGCAGCCGCCGCUUCCGCUGGAGGCAAUGGAGCGGACGUCGCUGUCGUUGCCGCCGCCGCCGCCGCCGCCUCCGGUGGGGGAGACGGCAAAGAAGUCGCCGACGCUUGCGCUGCGGUCUCCUCCGCCGCGGGUGGAGGAAGUGCUGCCGCCGCCGCUGCUGCCGCCGCCGCCUCCGAUGGGGCUAAUGGAGCCAAGACCGCCGCCGCUGCCGCUGCCGCCGUCGCUUCCGCCUCGGGUGCCAAUGGAGGUAUCACCGCCGCUGUCUCCGUCGCUGUCGCUGCUGCUGGUGGUGGUGAUGGUGGAAGAGACAGUGGCACAAGUGGCACUAACGCCACUGGAUCCGGCAGCACUGGGCCUGGCAGCACUAGUACUGUACCUGGCACUGGAUCCGUUACCACCGGUACUGUAACCGGCACUGGAUCCGUUACCACCGGUACUGUAACCGGCACUAGAUCCGUUACCCCCGGUACUGUCACCGGCACUGGAUCCGGUCCCACCGGUACUGCAACCGGCACUGGAUCUGGUACCACCGGUACUGGACGUUUUGCCAAACGAUUCUGGGAUUACACAGAUUCGCGUCGUGCCCGCGACUUCGUUGCCAGGGCUUAA